UGAGGUUCCGGCGAGCGCAGCCCGGGCAAGAGCGGCAGCAUGGAGGAGGCGCCCCACGGCUGCCCCGGGGCCGACAGCGCCCAGGCCGGCCGAGGAGCCUCGUGCCAGGGAUGCCCCAACCAGAGGCUGUGCGCAUCCGGAGCCGGCGCUGCUCCGGAUCCCGCCGUGGAGGAAAUCAGAGAGAAGAUGAAGACGGUGAGACACAAGCUCUUGGUGCUGUCUGGGAAAGGCGGCGUUGGGAAAAGCACGUUCAGUGCACACCUCGCCCACGGCCUAGCGGAGGAUGGAGAUACACAGGUUGCUCUUCUGGACAUCGAUAUCUGUGGGCCAUCGAUUCCCAAGAUCAUGGGCUUAGAAGGAGAGCAGGUUCACCAGAGCGGCUCCGGCUGGUCUCCAGUGUACGUGGAUGACAAUCUGGGGGUGAUGUCAGUGGGCUUCCUGCUUAGCAGCCCAGAUGAUGCUGUCAUCUGGAGGGGACCAAAGAAAAAUGGUAUGAUCAAGCAGUUCCUCCGUGAUGUAGACUGGGGAGACGUGGACUACCUCAUCGUAGACACCCCGCCUGGCACGUCUGACGAACACCUCUCAGUGGUCCAGUACCUGGCUGCGGCACACAUUGAUGGGGCAGUGAUCCUCACCACCCCUCAGGAGGUGGCCCUCCAGGAUGUCCGGAAAGAGAUCAGCUUCUGCCACAAGGUGAAGCUGCCCAUCAUUGGUGUGGUAGAAAACAUGAGCGGUUUCAUCUGCCCCAAGUGCAAGAAAGAGUCUCAGAUCUUCCCUCCCACGACUGGGGGUGCAGAGGCCAUGUGCCAGGAUCUGAGGAUUCCACUUCUGGGCAAAGUGCCGCUGGAUCCACACAUAGGCAAGAGCUGUGACAAAGGCCAGUCUUUUUUUGUCGAAGCUCCAGAUUCACCAGCCACAGCAGCCUACAGAAGUAUAAUUCAGAGGAUCCGAGACUUUUGUAAUUCUCAUCAGUCACAUGCUGAGACCCUCAUCAGUCCCUGAAGUGGAACAGGACCGAGUGCCACCUGCUAACCCCAGAGUUGGCAGGCCACGUGUCCAGACACCUGGGCAAUGGGGGACAGGUGGUACCAUAGCCACCAGAUGCUGACAGGAUUUGAAGUCACUCAUUAAGACACUGUAAUCACCUAUCUGCCUAUUUCCUCGAGAUCAAAGGUACGGGCGCUCUGCAUCCAGGUGCCAUUCAUCAGAAAAUAAAAAUGUCUCCUUGAACCUAUCCCUUAGGGCCUGCUUCCUGGAAUCCAAGGGACUAGGAACUCUCUGAGUCACAGGACUCCCAGGAACUGUUUCUGCCUCAUGUGAUAAGCCUAGGGAGACACAGAGGGGGGAUGACACUGCCUGUGCCCACACUGGGGUCUCCAGCUCUGGGAGGUCUCCAGUCAUGCUGGGAUCGGUGUGGGUGCUUUGGCUGGGGGCCAUCAGAGCCCCUGGCAAAGCCUGUAAGUCACCCAUGAGGUGACGGUGCCUUCAAGACAUCCGGUAUUGCCCAGGGUCCCAGGCAAACCAUCACCUGGCACGUCUGAGGCACAGAUGUAAUUGUCCUCGUGAUCCGGGACUAAGACGUAGAACUGAGAGCUGCUGAGGGAAUUCAUUCCAGAUUUCCACUGUACUGUGGUGUGACACUGGAAUAUGGGCAGCCCCCUCCCCUAUCCUCUCCUUCCCCUGUACACGUAAACUCUUGGAGUGUACUGGGGUCCCUGUAGGGCAGAUGUGACCUUUCCAAAGCUCGAUGGGUCCCGAGCAGGCCCUAAAUAUCGGGGUUCUAGCUUGGACUUGUUCUGGGUCAACUUGGAGGACUGGGAAAGGCCACCUAGGCCUGGAGCACAGGUCAGGAGCUGCUUUCCCACAGGUGCUCAGGCCUCUGGCCUGCACGUGCUGCUCACCUAGUGCCGGUGGAUGUCCAGCCCUUCCAGCCUGGGCUUCUCGAAGUCACCUGGGAAGUCCUGCAAGGCAAGAGAAGCCAUGACUGUCCCAACAAAGAGCAGACUCACUGGGGAGACCCACAGCCACAAGUAGCCAAAAAGAAUCCUCCAUCCCUCAUUUCUGACAACUUGACAAUUGGCAAUUAUUAAGACAAUUAUCCAAGAAAUAUUUCCUAGCUUCAAAACAAAAA